UUGAAAUAUUUUUUACUCCUUUAGGCUUUAGUGUUAAAAUUUACCGUUUAAUUUAUAAUAAUUUAUUAUAUAUCCAAGUACUUCACAUUUCCCAAUCAACGGCCAAACAUUUUCUUUACUUGUAGAAAAUUCAUGAUAUGGCUAUCUACGGGUUUUUCAUCAAAUAAGGAAUUGCUUGUUUUUCUCAUCAUCUGCAGUGAAUAUAACAAUGUAAAUACAUGGCAUCUAUUAACUGGCUGUCCAUGUAAGUGCCGAUGUGUUUAAUUAACUGACGUAAUCGCCUAUGACAACAUCAGCGCAGAUUUAAUGUGACUAGUUUUCAUUAUAAUUAACGGACAAUAUUUGAGAUCACUAUCGGCACUUACAAUUUCCUCUAAAACUUUUUGUGCUCAAAAUGGAUUAAUGUAUCGUGUAUACUGUAAAUCGCUGAUGUAAUCGACAAAAUGAAUGAUCCGUGGGAUGUUAAGUGCGUGCGACAAUCCGGUCACUAUACCUCUUGUAUGAAAUUAAAUGGGGUACCACUUCUUCCGCCUGUCUUAUCUAGAGAAUGUCGCAAAGAAAUGCAGUACUACAAGUUGUUAGCGCAAGAAGUAGAAAAAAGGAUAAAUACAUUAAAAAUAUUUAUGGUGGAGAGUGAUACUGAGUCGAUUGACGAUAAGACUGAUGCACCUGACCUGCCCGACUCAGAGCACAACGACAACAUGUCUCCAACAGAUAUGGCUGCAUACACUGCCAAUGUCACCCCUACAAAUAUUAAAAAAGAAGUUACAUCCAUAAAUAACACUCCUGAUCUUGAUUCUCCAAAUACCUGUGAUGUUGAUAGUAUUUCCAAAACACCAUCGAAAUUUAUAAUAGACUUAAGCAUUAGUCUGAAUGAUGACAGCAAAACAGUUACCACAAAUACCCCAAAUCCAGCUGUAGAAGUGCCGGAGCGGGAUUGGGAAUGUACAAAACCAAAUAAAGAUGUUCCCGCUGAUAUUAGCCAAAAGGAAAAUUUGAGAAGUGUUGAUGAUAAAUUGUUUUUCAGUAUCAGUCUAAACAAUGAUGUCUUAUCAGACCCUCUAUCCAUAACAUUUGAUCAAGACGGUCCCCCAUCUCUUAGUUCCAAGAGCUUCACGGGUUCCCUUAAUAAUAUUCACACAGACAGUGUUAGAGACUCGAAAGUGAUACCUCUGUCUCGCCAAAGAUCUUACACAGUUCUAAAACCAAGCCCGUUACUACUUGCUCAUCUUGAGGUACAAUCUAUCAAUACUGGUGUUGAAAUAAAUUCCAUAUCGAUGAGUGAAUCAAUGUCGAAUCUCAGCUCUCCAAGUAAAAAGCGAAGAAGUUGGGAUUUAGAAACUGCGAAAGUGAAAUGGUCGUCCAUGGCUUUGGAGUUGAAGCAAAACAGUUUAAAGAAAACGACGAAAGAUAAAAAUGGCGUCACGAAAUCCGCAACGAAAAAGGUGACGCAAUCGGCGCCGGCAAGAGCGAGAUCGCUGGUUCAAGAAAGAAAUAAACGAGUUACUAAUGUCUAUAAACCAUCUAACAAAUCUGAGCCUAUUCAAAAAAUUAAGAGAAACCCAAGCCCUGUCAGAAAUUCAUCAGCAAAUCCGCCCGUGUCGAUAACAAAUUCCGCUAAAACUUCACAAAUUCCAAACGGAGUAGAUAAGAAGGCUACACCUAAACAACUGAUAUCCGAAUCAGAAGAUCCAGCGGCGCGCGUACGAGAGCUUUACGAAAAAAUCCAAAAACAACAACUCAUUCAAAUGGCCAGCUUAGUUGAGAAACAGAAAAAAGAACAGAUGCUGCUACAACAAGUAUUUGAAGAACAGAAUAAUUUGCUGUACUCCCAGUUGAAAACUAUUUGCCCAAAACCGCCAAAUGACGUGAAAGAAGCGUGGGGUGGUAAAGAUACAGAUAGAGGUCCAGUUAGUUUGAGCCAGUUGAUAAAUUCAGAGCCAGCUGAUAGCCCUGUUGUUGCUACGCUCACCGAAACGAACAAUUACAUAAACCACUGUGAUAAUGUUUUAAAAAAAUCCAGGGAUAUAACUGAGAGUAUAAAGAAAGCGACCAAGUGUCCAUCUAAAGAAAAGAGUCCACCGAAAAGCCAAUCUAACGGUAACUGUGCAAAGAGUCAUUCACCAGGACGUAGGAGCACUUCGCGAAAGCUUACCUACGAAAACAGUGCUUCGACUGACCGAGACUACGACCUUAUACUGACCGAUCGAACGAACGACACUAUGGCCGAUCUUAACGUGACCUUCCCAUCAGAUGAAGAAUGUCAACUCUAUAAUAUAGAUCCAUGUACCAAUGAGAUCUGCAAUGCAGUUCCCCAGCUUGUAGCGCCGUGCAAGUCCACAGAUAGAGCCAUUAAAAGCAUGGAGGAAACUAUUCAAAAUUCCAUAAAGAGUAUGUGUGGCAGAAAGCCGCGAAGUAUUUGUCGGCAGGCCACACCGCAAGAGAUAGCGGCAGCGACGAAAAUCGUAGCGCACGCGAAGGGGUAUCUCGUUCGACGCUUGAUGAGAACCGAACGGGUUCAGUCGACUGUGCAAACGAUAAAGGACGCGCUGCUUUGCGCUCUGCAGCUCCACCAGGAUCGGGAGGGGAUCCGGGGCGCUGAUGUAGACCUGCAUAGGCGGUUGAUCCAGCAGAUAACUGCAGCGUGCUACACGUUACACGACACGUUCGUAGCAAGUACCGCCGCGGAGAGGUGCGCCAUGAUAGCCGCGGACCGCGGUCGCAGGCGCUCACUCGCGUCCCGACCGCCGACGAGGCAACACCGUCCCACGGACUUAAUGUCGCAAAGUCACUGCGGCGCGUUCCCGACGCGCGCGAAGCGAGCGGCGCCCUCUCUCAUGACUCAAUCAAACUAUGAGACAUUUAGCGGUGAGAAAAGCGUCCGCCGCUAUAUGCCGAGCCCGCGGCGCCGCCCGUGGCGCUGACCCUGCGUGCCCGGUUUCAUCGCGCGAUGUUGGCUGCGGGAGUACACUUAGUGGAAACGGACCUCAAUCAUGCUGCUUUCGACUUGACUUAAAAUUGACUCGUGUCUCUAUGAAAUUUUUGUAUAUGCUUGUUCAUUUGAUUUUUUUAACGUGCUUCAGUAUAACUUGACGUGUCAGCAUUUAUUUUUUUUUUAAGGUCUAAGCUUUGAUAACGAAUUGAAUGCAUAUAAUGUUGCGCUGUUCACAGAAAUACAUUUUAAGGUUGUACUGAAGUGAUUUUACGAAGCGAAUUUUAUAAGGAUUUGACGUUCCAAGGCAUUACAAUUUCAAAGUAAUUAUUUAUUGUGUGGAAAAUAAUUGCAUGUUAAGAUUCGAAUGUAUUGGAUGAAAAUAUAGAGUAUCUAGUGUAAUUUUAUAGCUAAAUCCUGUAGUCAAUUUUUUCAAAAAAUAUACAUUGCAAGCAUAAUAUUUUGCUUUGUAUUAGUAUUCCUUCCGAUAAGUUUUAAUCCAAUGGCUUCUUCAGUAAUACAUUCUUUCUUCUUUCAUAAAAUAAAUCAACCUCGGCGUCUAUUUUUAUAAUGAACAAUAUGGGUUAAAUUCAUCCAAACUACAAAAUCUGUUUUUAAGUAGUUAUUUGCCAGAAAGUGCUUUAUUUAAAAUAUAUUUAAGUCACAUAUAAAAAUGCUUGUAUUGUUGACUUCAAAUUCGAAUAUAUCACAGAUUUUAUAACAAUGACAACUAAUAUAUUAUCUUAAUAAGAAUAUAUGGUGUUGAAAGAAUAAAAAUAUUUAGCACCUUUAGUGUUUACCAUUUAAAUAGCUGUGAAUGACAAUGUGAAUUGAUCAGGUACAAUAAU